AUGGAGGAGGAGCGGUGCGCGGCGGCAGCGUUCGACGAGAUCCGGCGCCUCCCCGCCGAGGUGAACUGGGAGAUGCUCGGCGCCGCGCUCUUCUCAGGCGUCUCCGCCGCGCUCUACCCGGCCGUCGUUGUCAAGACGCACCUCCAGGUGGCGCCGCCCCCGCAGGCUGCCGCCGCCACCGUGCGCGCCAUCCUCUCCCGCGACGGCCUCCGCGGCUCGGCCACCAAGAGCUCCGUCGGGCCCGCCGCCGUCCGCCUCGGCGUCUCCGAGCCGGCCGCUUCAGCAAUCGCCUCGGCCGCCGCGGGCGUGUCCGCCGCCGUCGCCGCGCAGGUGGUCUGGACCACCGUCGACGUCGUCAGCCAGCGCCUCGUGGUCCACAGCGCCCGACGGCCCCUUGACCUGCUGAACAACCCGGACCUGGUGGCGGCGGACGCGGUGGUGUCCUUCAGGGCGGCACUCUGGUUCUGGAUGGCCCUGCAGGCGGACAAGCCGUCGUCGCACGCGUGGUCCAGAUCGACGACGAGCGCCGGCGAGGACCAGAUCGAGGACAAGCGCCGGCGAGGACCAGAUCGAGGACAAGCGCCGGCGUGGACUUGA